ACAGCGACCGCUGUCAAUCAAGGGUUAAUUGAUGACGUCGACUCGAUGGUCAUGUGACGGGAAAUAGCUCGAACAUGGCGGCUAGCGAAGGCGGUAGUAGUGCUGCGGAUAUCGCUGUGAUUCCCGCACAGCGGUUGGAAUCCGCUUCAGGAGUGAUGAACGCCGACGCACAAGAGGAGGCUUCGGAACUGGAGAGCUCGGAAACUGCGCCGAGACCCAUCGCACCUACUUCUAAAAAGCCUGGCAAUAACAAUGAUGGGGGAGUGGAGACGGCAGAAGAGGCCACGGAGCCUGCAGAACCAGACAUCAAUGAGUUAUGUCGUGAUAUGUUUGAGAAGAUGGCAAUCUUUUUGCAAGGAGAGCUCACAGCUACUUGUGAAGACUACAAACUUCUUGAGAACAUGAACAAGCUUACCAGCCUGAAGUACAUGGAGAUGAAAGACAUAUCUAUAAACAUCAGCCGCAACCUUCAGGAUCUCAAUCAAAAAUAUGCAAGCUUGCAGCCAUACCUUGACCAGAUCAAUCAAAUAGAAGAACAGGUGACAGCUCUGGAACAAGCGGCAUACAAACUGGACACAUAUUCCAAAAAACUAGAAGCCAAGUUCAAAAAGCUUGAGAAGAGAUGAGCUUGGAUUUGAAGUGGAAGUACUGGACUGAGGCAGUAAAGUGACUUUAUGAGCAGGUCUAUCAGUUCUUCCAUCUAUCACUGUUCGCACCCCACAGUUUGUAGUGGACAACACGACGCCCAGAGCAAGAACUGCAGUGGAUGGGACUCCAAUGUAAACCAAGGAGCUAAAAUGGCGCACCCCCUCCAAACAUCCUGUCCCAAUUGUAUCACUAAUGUGCUUAGAUUAAAUGUGCUUCUGAACAAUGGCAGGGACCUUUUCAGAAUGUCAGAAUGGAACAGAAUUGAAUCGGGAGCUGCUUGCUCUCAACCUUGGAUAUUUUGACCAGUGUGUGUUCUUGUUAACUCAAUUUGUCUUUCUUGUACCAGAGGGCUGAAAUACAAUGUUAUGAGAACUGAUACAACUGCUUGCUUAAUACUAACAUACUUUUCUCCCCGUUUUUUGCAAUGGAGAAGAAACUCCUGUAUCAGUUCCCUAACUCACCCUUGACAAAUAAAGUGUUA